UACAGGGUAACCGUCCAAGAAACACAACCGCAGUCGCGACUUGCAGGUAUCAUCCACUCUGACCGUUACAAGUAUCUGACCGUUUGGCAACUGACGCAACUUCAACCCCGGUAGACGAUAAGUGAAAAACUCGACCAGUUUCGGGAGUUACCUUACAACUUAUUCACGCAUACGGAAGUCCCGUUCAUAACCGCUGCCAACUAUCCUUGGUGAUUAUCGGAGUAUCUCGAGUGAUCCUAUCCGCCUGAGUGUUGCAACAUGUUGCGAAAAAUCAUCUACGUAACGAUAAUCAUCAGUACAGCUUUGGCUCAAUAUCAAAAUAUUGCCGUGGUGGAGAAUGAUGCAAUGGAGCAAACCCUACCAGACUUCUUAAGAAACCCCUUCUACAGAACUCCACGCAUAAGGGAAGCUCUAGCGUAUGCUAGUUGGAUUGGACCUGGGGAGCAGCUGGUGUUUGACCGACAUUCAGACAAAAUACCACGCUGGGAGAUUUAUUCAGUGCUGACGCAUGCAGGAUUGGUAGAAAGGAGGCGGAAUUUCCACUGAAUCGUCAACGAGCAGAGACAACAUUGUGAUUCUCAUUAUUGUACAUAUGAUCCAUUUACAUAAAACUUAUUGUAAAUUUUAAUUCGUUUUGAUGUUAUUGCAUUUUAUUAUAUGAUUCUGAAUAAUAAAAUGUUUUUUUCUA